AUGGUGGAGGAGCCGGCAACAACGCGCUCGGGACGCGUCGUAAUGCCCUCAACAAGGGCCCGAGAGGCCUCGGGUAGCGACAAUAUCAGCGCCGUUAGAACGUCCAAGAAAUCAAUGACCCAAGUGGAAUUAACAGCGGUAAAGAAAGCCGCUGGCCUUAUUGAGGAGAAACAGAGCGGAAAAGAUGGAAACAGGGACAUGCUUAAAAAGAUAGGCCAGUACCUAGAAAGCACCUACCAAGAGGUUAAAGGACUGAAAGAAGCCCUUAUCAAACAAGAGAUGAUGAUCAAGGAACAGUCUGAAAUGAUCCGGGAACAGAGCAAUACAAUUCAAGCGCUGCAGACCCAAGUAGAAGCAAUCCGAAGCCAAGCUACAGAAGAUUACAAGCAACUCCAGGAACAGCUAGACACUGUCGCAAGUACUCCGGCUAUGACAACAUACGCGGCUGUAGUUGAUAGACAGCCCAGUCAUCAACAGGAUACACAGCUAGUACCCCUAGCCCGUCCUACAUUAGUUAAUACGCUAUUCUGCACAAUCGACACGUCCCGGGUCGGAGAACAAGACAAAGCGAAGACCCAGAUAGCCAAUAUAAGACAACAGAUCGAAAAAGAGAUGCGUGGGAAUGAGGAAACAGAAAACUGGCGGUGUGCAGCAAUGAUCAAGGACCCAAAAACUGCAGACCGGAUCAAGGUGGUUUGCAGACAUGAAGACGAGAUGCAGCAGAUCAAAGAAGCCGCCCAAAAGAUUGAGAUACCAGGAAUAAGAAUCCUACGAAACCAGCUAUAUCCGGUCAAAAUCGACAAUGCUAACCGGACAGCAGUAUUAGAUGCAGAUGGAAAUAUCUUAUCAGGGACAGCCGAAAUCCUGGGGAAAGAAAAUAACGUCAGCAUUGCUAAGAUCUCUUGGCUUAGCAAAAAAGACUCCAACAAAGCAUAUGGAUCUAUGGUAAUAUACGUUACCAAAGCGACGGAAGCCAGACGUCUGAUAGAAGGCAACUAUUUUGAUAUAGCAGGAGAAUCCGCAUAUACUCGGGUCUUUGAACCACAAACAGGACCUGCUCAAUGUUAUAACUGCCAAGAGAUGGGGCAUAAGGCCUUUUCCUGCAAGAAGGCUCAAACCUGCGCUAGAUGUGCAAAUAAGGGACAUCAUCACAGCACCUGCCAGGAUACAAUUCUAAAAUCAUUUCGCGUACUACAACUCAAUGUGGGCAAAAGAGAUAUGAUACAACAAAGCUUAAUGAACGAUAACGAAAUUAGAGAUUAUGGAGCGAUAGCAAUAUCCGAGCCAUACGCGCGGAUGAUUGAGAAGACAAUGAUAACAAGCCCAAUGGGACACAGCUACUGGACUAAGAUGACACCCACGGAGAGACAUGAAGGAAGAUGGCCAAUCCGGAGCAUGCUAUGGGUUCGGAGCGACAUUGAGGCAGAACAGAUCCCAGUAAAAUCCUCAGAUCUGACAGCUGCGAUACUACAAUUUCCAGAUAGGGCAGUACUGGUGGCCUCAGUCUAUGUGGAGGGGAACAAUGAGGAAGCACUAAUAUCUACAACUAGGCUACUACAUAGCCUAGUGGUAGACAUACGGGGAAGAGAUGGAAAACGGAUGGAUGUUCUAAUUAUGGGAGACUUCAAUCGGCAUGACCAACUCUGGGGCGGAGACCAAAUAUCUCCAGUAAGACAGGGGGAGGCUGAUGCUUUAGUUGACUAUAUGACCGAACACUCACUCCACAGCCUUCUACCAAGAGGCACAAAGACAUGGCAUUCAGGGGAUACAGAAACAACAAUCGACUUAGUCUUAGCAUCGACGGAGCUAGCAGAAGAGAUGGUUAAAUGUGGCAUACACUAUACAAACCAUGGAUCAGACCACCAAGCUAUUGAAACAGAGUUUGAUAUAUCAGUCCCGGAUCGACCUACCACUGAGAGAUUGCUCUGGAAGAACGCGCCUUGGACAGAAAUUAGAGCUAGAGUCACUACCAGCUUACAAGGGGUUCCCCUGGACGGCUCAGUCCAGCUGCAGACGGAUCGCCUGAUGAUAGCGGUCACAGAAGCAGUCUCAAAACUUACACCAAAGGCAAAACCCUCACCAUACGCGAAACGAUGGUGGACGACAGAUCUAACGCAGCUUCGCCGUAUAUACACAUACUGGAGAAAUCAGGCUAGAUCGCGGCGUAGAGCAGGAUGUAUAAUCCAUGAGCUCGAACAACAAGCACAUAAAGCGGCAAAAGAAUAUCAUGAUGCAAUCCGGAAACAGAAGAAGAUACACUGGGAAGAUUUCCUUGCUAAUGAUGCAAAUAUAUGGCAGGCAACUAAAUAUCUAAAACCUAAUAGCAGCUCAUUCAGCGACAAAAUACCACCAUUGGUAAAGGCAGAUGGAUCUACUACCAAAGAUAAAGGAGAGCAGAUGAAAGAGUUGCUUGCUACAUUUUUCCCACCAUUACCGACGAGAAUAGAAGAUGAGGGAACUCGGCCACAAAGAGAGCCGAUACACAUGCCUGAUCUCACUAUGGAGGAGAUUGAACGAAAAGUCUUUGAAGCUAAGCCAUGGAAAGCACCCGGAGAGGAUGGCCUCCCAGCAAUGGUAUGGAGGCAGCUCUGGCCAGUGGUCAAAGAAAGAGUAUUCCGUAUCUUUCAGAUAUCACUUCAAGAUAGCGAUCUCCCUUCCCAAUGGAGAAAUGCUAAGAUUAUACCGCUAAAGAAGCCGGCCAAGAAAAAUUACGCGCUGGUUAAAGCAUGGAGACCAAUAUCAUUGCUCUCCACGUUAGGUAAAAUACUGGAAGCGGUCGUCGCGGAAAGGAUAUCAUACGCUGUCGAAGAGUUCGGCCUGCUGCCUAUAAACCACUUUGGAGCAAGGAAGAGGCGCUCGGCAGAACAGGCACUUCUAUUAUUGCAAGAAGAGAUCUAUAAGGCCUGGAGAAAUAGGAAGGUACUAAGCCUGGUCAGUUUUGAUGUCCAAGGGGCAUAUAAUGGAGUCUUCAAAGAGAGACUGCUGCAGAGACUCAAGGCAAGAGGAAUACCUGACCAAAUAGUUCGAUGGAUUGAUGCUUUCUGCUCAAGACGCACAGCAAACAUCCUGGUUAAUGGAUCUACAAGCGAACAACGGGAGCUACCACAGGCAGGCUUACCACAAGGAUCACCACUGUCCCCAAUACUAUUCCUGUUCUUCAAUGCGGAUUUAGUACAACACAGGAUAAGUGCCUCCGGAGGAGCAAUUGCAUUUGUGGAUGACUAUACGGCAUGGGUAUCAGGCCCAUCAGCAGAAGUAAACCGGGCUAGCAUACAAGCCAUAAUCGACAGAGCCUUGGAUUGGGAAAGACGAAGCGGGGCAACAUUUGAAUGUGAUAAAACGGCCAUAGUUCACUUCACCCGGACGGCAAGCCGUUCAAGCAGCAUACCAUUCUUGAUUAAAGGCGAAAUAGUCGAACCAAAGGAAAGUGCAAAGAUUUUAGGAAUAGUGAUGGAUUCCCAGCUACGGUUCAAGGAACACAUUGCCAAUGCUGCUACCAAAGGACUCACGGCAGCCAUGGCGCUGAGAAGGCUAAAGAUGACUUCCCCACGGUCAGCAAGACAACUAUUUAGAGCUACAGUAGCUCCAGUGACAGACUACGCUUCUAGUGUCUGGAUGCAUGCCUGUGGAGCAAGGGGAACACAAUAUUUAAACAGAAUACAGAAACAUGGAGCUAUUGCAGUAACGGGGGCCUUUCGGACAGUAGCAACUGCUGUGGCUGAGGCAGAAGCAGGCAUCCAGCCGUUCCACAAUCGACAUAUGGAGAAAGCUAUAAAACUACACAUCGACAUCCAAACACUACCUGAAUCAAACCCCCUAGUCAAACUAAGGACUAUCACAACCCAGAGGUUCAGGUCUCCGCUACAGAGGAUAGCUCGAGCCCUAGAGACAACAACAACAACCGAGCGGAUAGAAACUAUCCAAGCAUUCACAAUAUCACCAUGGACAGCGCGUAUACAAACGAUACACGAAAAAGACGGGGAACAGACCAUUCAAAUUGCUAAGAAGGCAAUUGGUAUCCUAAUUGCCACAAGUGCAUCUGCUAGAUCCGGAAUAGUGGGUAUAGGAGGCCAUAUAAGAGACACCCAGGCAGACAAUAAUGGAACCGACAUAUCCAGCUUCUCGAUCACCCUGGGCAAAAGGACAGAGCAGAAUCCUUAUACAGCAGAACUAGAAGCGAUGGCGGUCGCCCUAGAACGAGUCCCUCCUGGGGCAUGCUGUAGAUGGAUAUCUAUCCUUAGCAGUAAUAGAUCCGCAGUGGCAGCAAUCAGCCAACCCCGCCAGCAAUCUGGUCAAGAAACCAUCCAGCGGAUAUAUAAGCAGAUUGAGACCUUAUACCGGCGAGGAAACGCAGUAAAUGCAAUCUGGAUACCAGCACAUGCAGAUAUCAACUUGAAACAACGAGCAAAAGCUGAAGCACAGAAAGCGACAGGAACAGAGCAUCUGCCGGAGAAACAACCAUCCCAAGCUAGAUCAACUGCUAUCAGGCUCGCCCUUGCGGAACGGCAGCUAGAAUGGACUCUCCCAGAGAAUGUUGGUAAAUACUCAAAGGCUGUAGAUGCAGCUCUUCCAGGAAAACAUACAAGGAGCUUGUACGACAGAUUGAACCGGAAAGAGGCAAAAAUCCUGGCCCAGCUUCGGACAGGAAUGACAGGGCUCAACAGCUACUUGAAUAGGAUAGGCGCAGCAGACUCCGAUCUCUGCGCAUGUGGACAAGCAAGUGAGACAGUGGAACAUUUCCUAUUCCGCUGCACAAAAUGGACAGCGAUGAGAGAAGGCAUGAACCAAUGCACAGAGUCGAGACGAGGUAACCUGUCCUUCUUCCUAGGCGGAAAAUCACGCUCCGACCCGGAUCGAUGGCAACCAGACAUGAAGGCCGUCCAGGCAGUAAUCAAGUACGCAAUUGCAACAGGAAGAUUAGAACAGGAACCCGAAGCCGGACCUCCAUCAACAUAG